UCAUUCAUUUUUUUGGUUUGUGUUCAACUUCUUGGAUCGAUCGAUUGAUUGAUUUGAUUGAAAAAAAAAGACAAAAAUGCUGAAAUUGACUUUAAUAUUUUUGAUUGGAAUUGCAUACGCUGCUCAAACACGAAUAAAAAUUGGCUCAAAAUCAUGGGGCUAUCAAAUUGAUUUAAAUCAUGGUCAACAAAUUCGUAAUGAAUUUAGUAAUGAAGAUGGUAUUACAACCGGUUAUUAUCUGUUUCGAAAUAAUGAUAAUCAAACAAAAAAGCUACAAUAUACCAUCGAUCCAAAUCGUCUUCAACCGGACGUUGAAUUUGAUGUCAUCAAUGUUGUCGACGAAAAUGAAUACGAUAAUAGAUCCGAAUGUUUACGACCAAAUUCCAAUUUAACAUUCGAUUCAAUCGAUAGUAAUGAAGAUUUUAAAGGACAUGUUACACUUAAAGUCGGUAAUUCAACAUAUAGUAUAAAUUUUGCUACAGGUGAUAAAAGUAAUUCUCGUGAAGAAAUCCUAACACCAACUGGUCUUCUAUAUGGCCGCUAUAAUUUUAUGCCAAAAAAUAGCCCAAAUAAAAUAGUGAUAAACUAUAAAUUCAAUUCAACAUCAGUGGAUCCAACAUUCGAAGUAUCAUUAUUUAAAUCAUCAUCCGAAACAUUGGAAACUCUUGGCCGUCAUAUUGAUCAUUAUCGUGAACGAGAUUAUUUGAAUAAUAUUAAUUAUAAUCCAAAUAUUAAUUAUCGGGCACCAUAUCAAAGAGGAUACGUUCCAGCAACAUCAUCAGGGACAUCAUCAUCAUCAGCAGCAGGUGUUUCAUCAUCAUCAGCAUUAGCAUCACAUCGUGCUGCUGCUAUAGCCCGUGCUCAAGAACAAGCACGACAAGCAGCUUUAGCUGAAAAAUAUCGUAAAAAUAAUAAUAAUAAUAAUAAUCAUGCACACUACCACCACCAUGAUUAUUUAUCAUCGACCACAACAAUUCCAAGCUGGUAUUCAAAUCGAAGUAAAUCUAUUGAACCAUAAAUGAAUGAAUAUUACCAAUUUAACAAAACGACAAUUUCGAACACAUUUGACGAUAAGUUUCAGCCAAUAAA